CUCCCCUGUGCGGGGAAGCCGAGAGACGUCAGGCCGGACCGGAGAUUAGCAGGCGCUUUAAGUGGAUUAGAAAGCAGCAGAGGAGAGGAGAGGAGAGGAGAGCGGAGAAGCUGGUGGAGUGGGCGCCGCUUUCGGGGUUGAUUUCAGCCGGCUGGCCAGGCGCGCUCUCGUUCCGCUUUCCUUUCUGGAUUGAAGAGCCCCGCCAUGCCCCAGACAGUGGCUCUGAACGGUCCUUCGCCAUGGGGGUUCCGCCUGGUUGGAGGCAAAGAUUUCAGCACUCCUCUGACUAUUUCCAGGAUAAAUCCCGGAAGUAAAGCUGCUCUUGCUAACCUUUGCCCAGGAGAUGUCAUUUUGUCAAUUAAUGGCGAUAGCACAGAAAAUAUGACACAUUUAGAAGCACAAAACAAGAUCAAAGCUUGUCUGGAUCAACUGAUACUGUCUGUGAACAGGGCUGAAGGCAAGGUUUGGUCACCUAAUACUUUAGAAGAUGGAAAAGCGCAAGCUUAUCGUGUCAGUGUAGAACCUGAAUCACAGGAUAAUGGACCUGCUCUGAACAGAAGACCCAUGGCCUUUUCACCCGGAGGAAGUCCAACAGACAAUAAGCAGAUCUUAAAUUUGCAAUAUAAUAAUCCUUCGCGUUUGUAUGCAAACAACAGUCCAGAUUCUAGUUUACCAUCACAGAUGAGUGGUCUCCAUAUCACAACUCCCCAAAGUGCUGAUCCUCUAAGGUCUCUACCAAGGAACAAAAAUGGAAUUGACACAGACUCAGAUGUGUACAAAAUGCUACAAGAUCAUGAAAGGCCUGUUUCAGAACCUAAGCAGUCAGGUUCCUUCCGGUAUCUGCAGGGCAUGUUGGAAGCCGGAGAGAAUGGUGAAAAGUACGACAAAGUGACCAGUCCAAGACAUAUCAAAUCUCCAGUCCCUAAACUGGGUGGGGCCAUGUCUACCUUGCAGGUGCUCCCCGAGUGCACCAGAUGUGGUAAUGGAAUUGUCGGCACAAUAGUGAAAGCCCGCGACAAGCUCUACCAUCCAGAAUGUUUCAUGUGUGACGACUGUGGCCUCAACCUGAAACAAAGAGGCUACUUCUUCAUCGAGGAACAACUCUACUGUGAGACGCAUGCCAAGGAAAGGGUUAAACCACCAGAAGGAUACGACGUGGUAGCUGUUUAUCCCAAUGCCAAAGUUGAACUUGUCUAAAUAAAUACUCGUAUUUCCCAGCGAGGUCAAAAGGUGGCACAGCCGUCCACAAGCACAGCCUCUGUUUUAAAGUUAUGGCUAUAAUCAACUCCAAUUACUCAACUCUCAGUAAAAUACCUUUCAGAGAUAAAAUGAGUUAUCCUUGGAACCUUAGGUGGAUAGUACUGGUUGCAGAAAGCCUUUGAAAAGAAUCGCUCCCCCCAUUUCUUUAUGACACUUUGCUUUUUGGUUGUUGUGCUGUUGGGUUUUUUUUUUAAUUGCAAAUAUUUGUUGUAGACCAUCCAAAAUCUAUGUAAAAAUAGAUGCUUUCUAAAAAGAACUUUUACAUAUACAACCAGUAUUUUUUUAAUUUUGUCCCAUUUAAAAAUAAGGCACUUUAAGAACUGACAGUUUAAAGCAUUGCAUUAAAUUUUACUUUUGUCAGUAAUAUAGAUAUGCCAUAAAUACUGCUUUGUGGCUUUCAGGGUAUAGAACACUGAGACCAUGUUUAUUAUUAUUUUUAAUAUAGUUAAACAGAGAAGUUCUCUUAUAAAUCCUUUUUCAAGUGCUGUUGUUAUAGUUGCUGCCUAUUGCUUAUUUUAGUUCUGCUUAGUACCUAGGAAACAAAUGCCCUUUUCUACUUGCAAAAAAGGCAAAAUCUUCUUUGAGUUGAUCUUCACUCCUGGUGACUUCAUACUUGGGUUACCAUAUCUAAGCAGCAAAAAUUUGGACAACCAUUAGAUGGCAGCAACACGCUAGAGGGUUCUGUAUCUUUUUCGUGCCAUGUAUUGGUUGACUGUUUUGCAGCCCAGAUUUUAUAGCCCUAUUCAUGGACAUGGACAUGUAGUUUUCUUAGCAAUAAUGCAAAAGUGGUUUCACACCUUUUCUGGAACAAUCAAAAUUUUAAAAAAACCCUUUUUGCCACACUCGUGACACAUGGCAGCAUUAACAGCUGGAGCUUUCUGCUGGGACUCAUUGCCUAACUGCCCUUUCAACUGUCUGAGAGAAAAUAUUAUUGGAAGCCUAUAGAUGACCCUCAGUUGGUUGAGAGCAGUGAUCUGGUUAAAGAUGAUUAGUGUGUUCUCAGGAUCUUCUAGAUCAUGUGAUGUCGACACUUGUAUUAAGAUCAAGAACUCUCAGAUGUAAAUUCUUCUGUGUAAACAUAACUGUGAGAAUGCACGUACAAAAAUCAGAUAUGACAGAAUCUUUACAUAUGAUACCAUCAGUCAAUCAAAACUUUAUUAUGGUCAGACCAGCGUAAACAUAUGAUACCAAUUUUCUUUCUUUUCUAUGAGAUACCAUGAUCUCUCUUGCUGUUAUUCCCUUGUAUCAAAUCACAUGGACAAUUAUUUCUACUACUUCCUCCUUUGCAUUUAAGCCACAAGAUUUUAUAUUGAAGCCUGAAAUAUAGAAUUCUUCUCAGAUACAGUUAAAUUGAAUUUGAAUAUUCAUCUCUAGAUGCAAAUAAUUUCAGUCAACAUAAAAUAAAAAAAUCCAGAUAACAAUAGGGCAAUGAUCACAAAGUUAUUUUUGACCUUGAGUUUUCAGAGCUGAAUUUACCUGGGUCACAUUGAAGUCCCCUCAUGUUUGAAUGAAUAACUUGAAUGAAAAAGUCCAUACAAUUAUAAGAAAAUUAAGCCUCAUUUCAGACAAAUAGACAUAGAGGAUGGAUAGGAUGGAUGGAUGGAUGGAUGGAUGGAUGGAUGGAUGGAUAGUAGAUAGAUAGAUAGAUAGAUAGAUAGAUAGAUAGAUAGAUAGAUAGAUAGACAGACAGACAGACAGACAGACAGACAGACAAAACAUUUAUUUCUUGAUAACAUAGGGUGAAACUUGUCCAGUGUGAAAGGUACAUUAUGCUUUAACAAGUAAAAUGUGGCAACAAUGAUGAAGAAAAAUAUGUGCUUUUAGUUAAAAUAUCGUUCUCUAUACCAUAUCUUCUGUAUUUUUAGGGUUCUCAUUUAAAGAAGCUUGACUGAGUUUAAUGAGAUUUUUUUCCAUCUGCAGUUGUUAUAAAUGCAUAUAUUAAAAAUCAUUUACUCAGCAAUCCAGAGUGAGUCCCAGACCCUGCAAGCCAUGCAAGCCAUAGAACGCUUAGAAGAAGCUUUCCCUCCAUCUUUUUUCCCUUUGCCCUCCAGCAGCAUCCUUCUGUUGUAAAGGGCCUGUGAUGUCCUCAUGGAUGCGAAGCUGCUGAUCCCCUGUCCUUGAAGUGCCUACAAAAUUCCAUUUGGUAGCAUUCUGCCCGCCACUGCUUGCAGGGGAAACAUUGAUGAUGUCCCAGAAGCAUCACCUCUGCUACAACCUAUUCUUAGCCAUCAGCAAUAAGUAAGGUAUCUUAGCAUUGCAUUGCUGUUUUUUUUUUUUAAUUUGCUGCCCAAUUAAACAGGAAUACCUUUUUUGGUUUAUAAAUAUGGAACUAGUCAAUUAGUUACUAAAGCAUUGCAACACUUAGUAUUUUCACAUUAACUCUAUUAUGUAAAGUUUCCCAUCAGGUGGGAAAUGUAUCAACAGGCCUAUUUGAAACUUUUUUUAGUAGCUUCCAAUUCUAAGGUAAGGGUUGCAGUUCUAUCACCAUUUAUCACCAAUUUUUAUGGUUUUCUGGCCUAGUGUUUGUGUUUGUCUCUUAGUGGAAUCAUACCAGUAAAUCAGGAAAGAUUUAUGUAUUAUUAUAGUUACCAAUAAUCAAGCAAUAUUGUCGCUGUUUCAUUUAUUGGUUGCCAACAGAGAACUAUUUCUUUUGCAAUAGUCGUGAGCAUUUACUCCAAUUCAGCUUAUUACUUUUGUUGAUCCUUAAGGCCCCAGGCAUGAUUAUACGGUUUUGUGGGUUACUCUUUGAAGUGCUCCGUGGAAUGCAUAUAGUAUGAACCUGCAAUUUUACAAAUUGCUGGGUACCUUUCAAUUCAAAAUUGGUACAUAAUGCUCUGGCCCUUGAAACUUAAUGGAUAAUUCACAACAUCUGGCUUUACCAAAGCGUCUUCCCAGUUUGUCUCACAUCUUCUGUCCUUUCAUUAUCAAGUGAGUUUGAUAAACAAGCAACCUUUCCUGACUCGUAAUUAGGAUUUUGCCUGGAGGGUGCAUUCCAGUGAGGUGGCAGACUGCCUACCCAUGGUCUUUGGAAAGUGCCUUAAACAGCCACCCUUAUUUCUAGGCUUAGAAAUAAGGGUGUUUUUACCAGAGUUGCUGGGUGAGCAAUUUACCUAUAUGCCUUGCGAUUUUUGAAAUCAAAAAAGUAAAGCCAGCCAUUAUUUUUAAUCAGAUACAAGAUCUGAUCAAAAGCAAGCUUGUUUUUCAUUAAAACUUUCUACUUGGAAAAAUUAUUUGAAGAAUUUGCAGCAUGAAUUCUUUAAUACAGUUUGAGAUACAAGUAUAUGUUUCAUUGUAAUAGUUUAGAAUAUGCAGACCUUGAUUCUAGUUUUCUUAAAACAUUUAUCAGUUUAAAAAUUGCUAAAGUCAAUCAUAUAUCAUUUUCAUUAUGCUUAUUUCAUUUCUCAAAUAGUUGCUGCAACAAAGCUGAAAUCUAAAAGGUGGACCUCUCUCUAUAUGCAUGUGUUAUAAUAAUCAUAUAGCUGCUUGACAAUGAAGAGAAAGCCUCAUAGGAAAGAAGCUUACUUGCAAACAAAUGAGCCCAGAUAUUUCUGGACUGGAAAGAGCAUCACAAACCUCAUGUAGUCAACUUUUUCUGUUAUGUGGUGAGACUUAGGUUUCUGAUAUACUAGGCUAUAGAUCAGUUGGCGGUGCUUUUUGUCCCCCAUGCGGCUUCAUUUCAAAGCCUGUUUUUCACCCUGCAGGUGUCUGCUGUCUACUUCAGAUAUGUUAUAAUAAUAUUGAAACAGGUGGCCCAUCUUGAAAAUUCAUAAAUAGUUUCAUUAGUCUUGAGCCGUGGGCAUUAUAAACUGCAUAAACUGAUUGUGUAGCUAUUAUUCAGUUAUCUGUUUUAGGGUUUACUAUAUGCAAAUAGCUUUACUGGCCAAGGAAUGAAACUUUCCUUAUCUUUUAUCUGCACAGAAGUUGUUAGCGAUCAAAAUUACUACAAAUUGUCUCUUGCUAGUUUCUGUUUAUGAAUUGACAACUCCUGGGGUAUUGAAAAUGGAGCCACCUUGCACAAGAAUAUUUUGUUACAAAUUCUUUCCUUCUAGCUGUGCCCCUUAUCCUAUACAAAAUUUGUCUUGCAGCAUAUUAUUAAAACCAGAAUGUGGUUUAUUGCCAGUUCAGUCAAAGGAUAAGAUUGUUUCUAUUUCUGUUGAGUGACUGUUCAACAAUACGGCAAAGCGUUUUAGAAAAACAGUGUGUAUGGAGUUUAAAUGUAUUAUGAGUCCACCUCAUUAUCAAAUGAAUUAUGACUUAGCAGCUAUUUCAUCACCACUACUGUAGCCUUAAGAGUUUUUCAUUAUAUCAUAGUCCGUCAUAUUCAUAAACUAUACGGCUGAUAAUAUAUUUCUCUUAUAUUCCCAGCCGUCAGGAUGCUGUGACAACUGUUUACUAGAUUUCUGUGCUCCUGAUCAUACAUUGAUUUCAGCACUGGUAUUUCUUCUUCAACCAAAACAAAAAAACAAAACAAAACAAGCAAAAAACCAGGGCAAAUCAACAGAUUGUAGCAUUAAGGGGGAAAUCUAUUGAGGUAUUUUGAUCAUGGAUCAUCCACUGAAGCCAGGGAUGACAAGUUCCCUUCCUUUCAGUCUUCCCCUGCCUAUCAAAUACUGAUCUGAGAGAAUCUCCCAACUCUCUGGAGUAGAUUUUGAGGAGAAAUUGGGAGUAGGGCUAUAAAAUAAAGGUAAAGAAAAAAAGGCCCUAUUAUGUGAACAAAAAUCUGCUUGGAUGACUUUGAACUUCACCCUUAGCAUAUGAUGUACCACUACUAACAAUAGAUAAGGUGAAGAUAAUUUUUUUCUUUUAUAAUACUGGACUGGACAUAAUCAGAGGUUCUCUGCAGAGAUGUCUUUUGAAGCAAUGAAUGAGCCAAUGAAUUAGUUAAGGCAUCUGCCUUUGGAUACCUUAUCUGACACAAGUAUAAAAAGACAAAGAAGCAAACAAUCAUAAAGACAUAAUAUUUUCUUUUAGUACAGAACAAACUUUUCUUGAAGGCUGAAGCAGAACUGAUGCCCAUGAGAAGAUAUCUAUGAAUGGAACAAACACCAAUGGCAAAACAUUGUGCAGUGAUCUAAGGCAGCCUUCCACGCUGGCCCCGCUGAUUAGGAAGUAUCAGAGUUUAAGUCCAAUAUAUCUGGGGGACCCUAAAUCCAGUAUUCUUUGGAGGCAAAGCUGAAAACAGCAGAAUGAGGAAUAUAAAAUCAGUUUGACAGAGGUGAUAGAUGGUGACCAAAAGGUGUCUCUUGGUCACCCUCUAUUCAAGCAGCUCACUCAUGACUUGGCUAAAUGAGGUUGCCAGGCCAUGGUACCAAUUCUCUCUGGAAUUGUGUUUGGUCCCCAUCUCUAUUUUAGAAAGGAUGUCAAAGCACACCCUUUUAACUUAGCUUUUUAUGUCUUUAAAGUCACCAUCUUACACACUUUUCUGGAAUUAAGUCCUGUGGAAUGCCAGAAGAGAAGAUUCAUUAAAAAAAAAAAAAUCCACUAUUGCUGGCUUAUUGUUUGCAUUGUUCUUUUUGUACUAUCCAGUAGGAGGCCAUGGCACUUACCUACUCAUAUUUUACACAAUAUUUGCAAUAGCAAUAAACACACAAACAUGAGGAAACAGUAAUAGUUUCCUAAUGUCAAACUAAUGCUGUUAAAGAUGACAGCUGAAAGAAUUUUGAAUAUUGUGAAAUAAUGUGAAUAAUAUCUGUUGAUUUAUUGCAUAUUAACCAAUGGUCUGGAAAAUCUCUUAGACGGGUUGUGGUCUUUCAGAAGUGCACUGGCUCCUGGAGAACUAUAGCCUCUUUCGUGUAUUUUUCUCAGGCUAUGCCUCGUUCACUACUUAUGCACUAUUCACAAAAUAUAUAUCCUUGUGUAUGUGUGUGUUCAUGUUAGAGGUGAAUAGCAAUUGCCCAGUGCAAGUGAUUGCACAGUAAUAUAUCCCCCUCCAAGAAGAUGGCUCCUCUUCAUCUAAAGCCUCUUCUCCUUGGAUGUAUCAGGGCAUGUUCAAGCAUAAAGUAGGCAGGCUAAUUAGGCCUGGCCUGCUUUGGGUCCAUUUUGCAGAAACUUCCAUGCUAGCAAAUCUCUGUCUUAGACAGAUCUGAAUGUUUUAAAUUCAAAUGGUACAGACUAUACUCAGUCACCAGAAGAAUUGCAGGGUUCAUACAACCCUGCAGCCAAAUUCACUGUGUGUGUGCAUAUUGCAGAUGCCAAUCAUGGCAUGGCAUAGUGCCCGAGCCUUAUGGAAUCCUAUGGAUUAAAGUUUAGUGCUGCAGAAGGUUUAAUUCGAGACCAGCAUGUACUGGAUGUAACAAAGACAGAAAUGUACAGGAGUUAUUUUGCUCUGCUUCAGUUGGCGUACUGAACAAGUCUGAUGCUGAUUAGGUCAGCCUUGGCCAUGGUCCUACAUAUGUUAGUUACUCAUCAAUUGAAUUACAGAAAACCACUUGCUGAUUUGAUUACUGCAAAAUGAAGCUGCUAGAAUUUUGACUGGAAGAAAAUACUGGGAUUGUGCAAAACCUUUAUUGCAUCAGCUACAGUACACUGGCUACCAGUGCAUUUCCACGUGCAAGUCAAGGUGCUGGUAAGAGCUUGUGACCUGAUGCCUGAAGCAUCAUCUCCCAUCCCCCCUUUGAUCUUGCCUGCCUUUUAUGACAGGCAAGUGUACUUAAUCUGUAUGUGCCUUUGCCUUCAGAGAUACCAUUAGCAACUGUCACAUCUGCCAUGUGGAAAUUCCUAUCGCAAGAAAUUAGGUAUAAAAAUUAUUCCUUUUUAUCUGUCUUUCUCCCAGCAAGUGAAGACGAUUAUUUUUAAACCAGCAUUUCACUCUGCUAUUGUACAAUUUCACUGAUCAAUACCUAGUCUGUGUAUGUCUCCUUUUGCUGCCACCUGUAAUUUGUUAUUGUGUAUUGUUUCUGUGCUUCUGAAAAUAAAAUAAUGCUCUUUGGAUG